AGUAAUUUAGGGCAAUACACACUAGUAUACCUAUAACAUGUGGUUUUUCUAUUGUUGCGAUCUGGAGUUGUCAUAACGAGUAAGAAAAUACAAUCUUGUUGGCAGAGAUUGAAGAGGAUCCGAUGUUGUGAAUAUGGCAUCGGGAAGGAGAUGCAGUUACUCACAGAAUGGACGUCACGGAUGACUGAACAGCUCAUGCGUCGAUGGUUUCAAUGAUAUCAUUGAAUUGGCGUACACAAAUGUUAGUGAUUGGUUUCUGGAUGUGUCUGGUAACAUUCACUGUUCAUGGUGACACAAGGCACUUCAGAUGGAACACCACCUUGAAUAACAGUGAUAGGAUAACGACGAUACAGUUUUGCAGCUGUUGGAAUGCCAGUAUUACCCGGACUGGGAACGAUUUAUAUGUAGAUAUAUCCUUCUUUAAAAAUUGCUGGGAAUCACCAUUGAAAAAUCCUGGAGGUUUUCAAAUCAUCCCUUACGAAAGUACCAUGUUAUUCAAGAUUGGCGUUAAAGAAUCCCUACGGAAGAUGUUAAGGGUGAAAGAGUUAAAGUGCCAGCUAAAUAAAGGUUGUUUUACUAUUAUUUCUAUGGUGAGCGACACAAGUUUGGAAGUAAGUAAUAUGUGUUCUAGAGAAGAAUAUUGAUAAAUAAAUA